AUGGGUGCCGUGAGUGCAUACACUACUCUUGGUGAACUGUACAUAUACGAAUUGAAGGUGACUGAGAAGGCUUACGCCGCGCUGAAGAAAGCUUCCAUUAGUGGCAUAGAUAGAAUUAGAAUUGGAAUUGAAGCUUACAGACCUACGCGCUAUCUUAACCUUUGCAAAUCAUUAACACUUCAGGGUAAGUCGAGCGUUGUAUUUGCUUAUAGCGGAUAUGGCUGUGAGCGCGAUCCGAAAGAGGCCAGACGCAUAUUUCAGCGCUAUAAAAAAUUCGCCAGCUGGUACUCUACAAGCUUUCCAGAUACUGAAAUAGGCAUGGGUUCGACAGUAUGUUCGUACGAGAAAGAAUCUAAACUUUCUAUUCAAGGCCUUUCUAUGGAAGAACGCAACACUCGUUACUUGCGAUAUUUCAUGGACACUUGUACACCCUCUGCUGAGGCUGAAAGCGAUGUCAGCACAUUGCCUGACGAGAAAGUAGAGAUGUUGAACCAUUUGCGGAAAUCUUUAAAGAGUACGGCGACGCAUAAACAGCCCACUAUGAAGCCCAUUGUGACUACCACUGGUGAUACGACGCUGGAGUGUAUAAGAAUGCGGGCAAAGGCAGGAUUUUGUGGGGCGCAAGACUAUAUGAAAGCUGUUGAGUUGAGCAACCGAGUUCUCGACCGCUUGAUGACUACCAGAGCUCAGGACGCUGACGAAUGUUUGGCUGAUUUGCGAGAGGUUACCAGGCUCUCCGAUAUAUUGCCGUUUUCAGCGAAUGAGAUCAGAAUGACUACGCGGGUCGCUAUGAAACGUCUGGACGAGGAGAAUUGGAUGCACGCAGACACUUCCUUUUAUCUGGUACGAAACAUCAACCCCAUCCCCAGUAUUCGGGAGAUGGUAGAUAGGCUCUCAUACUUGGUGGAACUCCAUCCCGAAGAUGCUGAUAUUACACGUCUACUUGGUCGUGCGUAUAAAUUUGCUGGCAUCUUUCAUCUGUCUUCUUCGUUCUUCUGUCGUGCCUUGGAGCUAGAAUCCGAUCGCACGGACUUGUACUACAAGUUGGGAGCUGCCUACCGAUUGCGUGCCGAUAAAACUCAAGAAGCGAUCGACGCCUUUGUGCGGUUCAUCAAGGACAGUCCUUCUGAUCACAGAAUGAUGGCAAAUGCACACUACUCUUUGGGUUUUCUACAUCUACAACUGCCUAAAGAUAUCCAGAAUGCUAAGAAACAGUAUCAGAAAGGCAGCCUCCAAUUGAUGAAUUGUUUCUACCGAAAUGGGUGCUACAAACACUGGCUUGAAUGA